UUCACGUCCCCACAAGCACCAAACCUAACGUGCCUGGUUUUCCCCAAGGGCAACUGUGCCGAGAAUACCGCCAAGAAGUUCACUAUUUCACGAGAGGAGCAGGACACUUACGCCAUAGGCUCGUACACCAAGAGCAAAACAGCCUGGGAGGCGGGAAUACUGAAAAACGAGAUUGUUCCGGUCACUGUUUCAAAGAAAGGGAAGCCAGAUGUUGAAGUGGCGGAAGAUGAAGAAUACAAACGUGUUGAUUUUAGUAAAGUUCCAAAGCUGAAAGCCGUUUUCCAGAAAGAAAAUGGAACAGUUACAGCUGCUAAUGCCAGCACGCUGAAUGACGGCGCAGCUGCGGUGGUGCUGAUGACUGCGGAGGCAGCCAAGAGACUGAAAGUCAAACCCUUGGCACGGGUGGUAGCUUUCGCAGAUGCUGCUGUCGACCCCAUUGACUUCCCAAUCGCACCCGCACAUGCUGUUCCCAAGAUUCUAAGUCAGACAGGUAUGAAAAAAGAAGAUGUUGCCAUGUGGGAAAUCAAUGAAGCGUUCAGCGUUGUGGUGCUGGCCAAUAUCAAAAUGCUGGGUAUCGACCCCCAAAAAGUGAAUGUCAACGGAGGUGCUGUCUCUCUCGGACACCCCAUCGGAAUGUCCGGAGCAAGAAUUGUUGUUCACAUGGCCCACACACUGAAACAAGGACAGUACGGUCUUGCAGGAAUUUGCAAUGGAGGAGGAGGUGCUUCCGCCAUCCUGAUAGAGAAGUUGUAGGCGCAGA